UUCUUCAUUCGGAGGUUUUCUUUGAUCCUCAUAACUAUGCUCCUUAUGGAUUAAUCAUCUGAUCUAGUUUCUCUUCAAGAUUUUAAUUUCCUUUCUUUCAAAUCUUCAAAAACUAGGGUUUUUACUGUCUUGAAAAUCAUAUUAUUCUUCUAAAUUUAGCAAAAAGAACACGAUUUGAUUUCCAUUUCAGUCGUCUUGUCACUCUCUCUCUCAUCUUUAAAGUCUCCAUUUUUAGCAAAAAUUCUCUCUCUCCUCUUUCUCUCAAGUUUUUUCUUCUGGACACCUCUUCCUCUCUCUCUCUCUCUUUACUUUCUCUUUUUAUUCAUCAUCACUCGUUCUUGAUUCAAGAUCUUGCUCCUGUUCAUCAAAUCAAACCCUUUUAUUCUUGGAUCAAAAUAAACUUCCUUAUCUAGGGUUUUUCUUUCCGAUGGCGAGAGAGAAGAUUCAGAUCAGGAAAAUCGACAACGCGACGGCGAGACAAGUGACGUUUUCUAAACGAAGGAGAGGACUUUUCAAGAAAGCAGAAGAGCUCUCUGUUCUCUGCGACGCCGAUGUUGCUCUCAUCAUCUUCUCUUCCACCGGAAAGCUCUUCGAGUUUUGUAGCUCCAGCAUGAAGGAGGUAUUAGAGAGGCAUAACUUGCAGUCAAAGAACUUGGAGAAGCUUGAUCAGCCAUCUCUUGAGUUACAGCUGGUGGAGAAUAGCGAUCACGCUCGGAUGAGCAAAGAAAUUGCGGACAAGAGCAACCGACUAAGGCAAAUGAGAGGAGAGGAACUCCUAGGACUUAACAUUGAAGAACUGCAACAGCUGGAAAAGGCCCUUGAAGCCGGUUUGACACGCGUAAUUGAAACAAAGAGUGAAAAGAUUAUGACUGAGAUCGGUGAGCUUCAAAGAAAGGGAAUGCAAUUGAUGGAUGAGAACAAGCGGUUAAGGCAGCAAGGAACACAACUAACGGAAGAGAACGAGCGACUAGGCAAACAAAUAUGUAAUAAUGUGCAUGAAAGAAACGUUGGUAUUGAAUCGGAGAACACUGCCGUGUACGAGGAAGGACACUCGUCGGAAUCCAUUACUAACGCCGGAAACGGCGCUCCUGUUGACUCCGAGAGCUCCGAUACUUCCCUUAGACUCGGCUUACCGUAUGGUGGUUAGAGAUGGAACAAUACUAAGAAGUUGAUGGAGUGAGGAGAUUAAUGUAAAUCUUUUUAACUCUAUAACAAGAGGCAGUGUAGUAGUUUUUAUUAUGCAUGUUGUAAGUUUCUGUUUGAGGAAGAGGUUUUCCUUUUAUGUUUCUCAUUAGCUCUCCUAUAUUAGUACGUCUCUUCAAUGCAUUUCUGUUUUAGUGUUUUGUCAUCAACAAAAACAAAAUGUAUGGACAUUGUAAUUUGGUAAAUAGAUCAACGUUUAUGGGAUAUUAACCAA